CUUCAUGCUCGGGCUGGAGAGGCUGACUUUGCUCUCGCCAGGUUUCGGGUCCGCUACGGACCCUGUCCGCUGGGGCUUCUCUGUUCGCGAAAUCGUGUCGGAGCGCUGGAGCGGCCCACGCGGCGUCCUACCCGGGACAGCGUCGGAGGUGGCGGCGAAGACUCUGGAGGACCGCCUUGGGCCUCACGCCGAUCUCCCCGCCUGAAAAACCCUAACCUCAGCGCACCGGGGGAGUUUUUUUGAACUGGGAAAGAGCCCCAGUUUAUGUUUGUUUUACGAAUUUAGCCCUCUCGAGUCUCGGAGUUAGAGGAUUCAGCUCCAGGAUCUGGCAUUUGAUUGCACGCUUCAGGCACAGGAGCUUGGUACCUCACAGAACAGCCUGUCUCCAUUUUGGAGUGAAUUAAGAUCUUCUUCACAUAACUUCCAUCGUCUGGUUUUCCUCACAACGAUGCUAAACCAUUCCUGUAUUCGAAGACAGCUGCCAUUUCCCCCCUUCCUUUGGGUUCAUGCUGCCAUGUUCCUUCACUUGGAAAAUGGCCUUACAUGGCCUCACGUCCAAAGCCAUUCGUUCUGGUAUGCAAAGAAGCCUUUUUACACAGAUGUCCUUUGAGAUAAUAUGGAUCAGUCCGGAGUUCUCCUCUGGGUGAAAGCAGAACCCUUUAUAGUGGGUGCUUUGCAGGCCCCUCCUCCAUCCAAGUUCAGUCUUCACUACCUCAGGAAGAUAUCCACCUAUGUGCGAACCCGGGAAGGAGCUUACCCACGCCUAUACUGGUCUACAUGGAGGCACAUUGCAUGUGGGAAGCUGCAGUUGGCUAAGGAUCUGGCAUGGCUUUACUUUGAAAUAUUUGAUAGUCUUGCAGCGAAGACACCAGAGGAGCGCCUAGAAUGGUCUGAGAUUCUAUCAAACUGCACAUCUGAGGAUGAAGUCGAAAAGCAGAGAAAUCAGCUUUCAGUGGACACCCUACAGUUUCUGCUCUUCUUAUACAUACAGCAGUUAAAUAAGGUCUCUCUGAGGACAUCUUUAAUUGGAGAAGAGUGGCCUAGUCCCAGAAACAGAUCUCAGUCUCCUGACCUAACUGAAAAAUCCAGCUGUCAUAAUAAGAACUGGAAUGAUUACAGUCACCAAACUUUUGUCUCUGAUCAUCUAUCAGAUCUCCUUGAGCUGCUUUUAGAUCCAGAGCAACUCACUGUAUCCUCUCAUUCAACCCAUAGUAGUCUAGUCUCUCGAGAAGCUGUUGUGGCACUCAGCUUUCUUAUUGAAGGUACAGUGAGUAGAGCCAAGAAGGUAUAUCCACUUCAUGAACUUGCACUGUGGCAACCACUACAUGCAGAAAGUGGCUUCUCAAAGAUCUCGAAGACCUUUUCUUUCUACAAGCUGGAAGCCUGGUUGAGAGCCUGUUUGACUGGGAAUCCAUUUGGUACAUCUGCUUGCCUCAAAUCUGGAAAGAAAUUAGCUUGGGCUCACCAAGUUGAAGGGACGACCAAAAGAGCUAAGAUUGCUUGUAAUACUCAUGUGGCCCCUAGGAUGCACCGCAUGGUGGUGAUGAGCCAGGUUUAUAAGCAGACAUUGGCCAAGAGCUCAGAUACUCUGGUGGAGGCACAUAUAAAGAUUCAUCGUUGCAACGAAUCUUUUAUAUAUCUGCUCUCUCCCUUACGAUCUGUGACAAUUGAAAAGUGCAGGAAUAGCACCUUUGUCUUGGGCCCUGUACAGACAGCUCUUCACCUCCACAGCUGUGACAGCGUUAAAGUCAUUGCUGUUUGCCAUCGUUUGUCCAUCUCUUCUACAGCAGGUUGUGUCUUUCACAUUCUGACGCCUACACGCCCACUUAUUCUUUCUGGGAACCACACAGUAACUUUUGCACCUUUUCAUACCCAUUACCCAAUGCUGGAGGACCAUAUGGCCAGGACUGGCCUUGCUACAGUGCCUAACUAUUGGGAUAAUCCAAUGAUUGUGUGCAGAGAGAACAGUGACACAAAUAUCUUCCGACUCUUACCACCAUGUGAAUUCUAUGUAUUUAUUAUUCCCUUUGAAAUGGAAGGGGACACAACAGAGAUACCUGGGGGUCUUCCAUCUGUGUAUCAGAAAGCACUGGGUCAAAGAGAACAGAAGAUACAGAUCUGGCAGAAAACUGUGAAGGAGGCUCGUUUGACAAAAGAUCAAAGGAAGCAGUUCCAGGUACUUGUGGAGAAUAAAUUUUAUGAGUGGUUGAUUAAUACAGGACAUCGCCAACAGCUGGAUAGCCUUGUGCCCCCUGCAGCAGGUUCCAAACAAGCAGCAGGAUGAGACUCCUACAUCAAAACACUGGGCCCUGGAGACAUGAGGAUGAAUGGAAGAUGGUGCACAUCUUGAAAUUAAAUUGAGAAGGUGCCCUGGCUGCUUAAGAGACUUUGGGGCUUUUUCUUCCUAUUUAAGACCUUUGCUUGAUUUCCAUUCCAUACUCAUUUAUUACCAUUUAGGUUGAAUUUUAGGUAAACUUCUAACUAUGUUAUAAACAUAUUGUUUAUAGAACAUCAGAAAACUCAUCUUCGUGAUACCAGAAUGAAAAAGUAGAUGAAGGCAGUUCCAUCGUGUAUAUAUUAAUAUUAAAGUGAUUGCAGAUAGAUUUGCUAGCAAACACAUUUUGAUUUAUAUGAUGAAAGGGUUUCAUCCUUUCUAGUUAAGAGUUUUAUAGUUCUUUGUAACUAAAAGGAAAUUGCUCCUUUUAAAAAAUAAUUGGAAAGAAAGUAUAAUUUGUUGGUUUAUAAAUAUAGCAAAGAUAGUUUUAUAUGAAGAUAUUUUAGUCCUUAAACUAUGAAGGUUAAUGAAACUAUAAAAUCUUUAUUUUGCAUUUUCUAAUUCAGAUUUUCAAUAAACAAGUUCUAAAAAGUAAUCUUCUCUUUUAGAUAAAAAGAUAAAGCUUUACUUUUAACUUAGAAAAGGCUCCAAUGUUAUUCUGUGACUUUAUAUCAAAAUAAAGUUUACAUUUGAUUGGGAAAGUAUGUUCUUUAGAUAAAGAAAAACAAUUAGCACAUUAACAGAAUGAACCUGAUUGCUGAUAAACAUGGUUUCAAGUGCUUAGUAAUUAUAUCAAAAAAGGGGCUUGAUCUUUUAUUUCUAAAAUAAAAAUUAACCCUCAGAAUGU